AUGGGGCGAGACCGGAGCACGAACACAUGCUCCGUGUGCGGCCCACGGCUCGUAAGAACAGUGCAAUCGGGCACGCUGUCGGUUCGACUGAGCUGGUGGGCCAUGACUGCGCCUCCGGCAUAUAAGCUGUCGCUGUUGGCGCUGGACCGGCGGGCGCCCCCCUGGACCAAACUAGGCAAAGACCAUACAAAGUCAAAGCAAGGCCUAGGUUUGGAAGAAGAAAAAAGCCACCACGCAACGACGGCCCACCCGUCUAGCGAAAUGUGCGAGAUACACUACUACCGCUGCACGACGUGCAGCGUGCGGUGGGAGGCGCACAAGAAGCUGGCGAGCUGCGAGAGCAGCGAGCCCGAGGAGCGGUGCCCCAAGAGCCUCAUCAUGAUUGUGGGCAACCAGCGGCGGCCGCAGAAGCGCGAGUGUGACUCGUGCCAGCACCUGCGCGAGGUCAUCGAGAGCAUGCAGGAGGAUGACAACAGCGAGGACGAGCGGGCGCGCCGGCGGGAGCGGGAGCAGCAGCGGGGGCGCAGGGGCGGCGGCAUGUGA